UGGGCAGGAAAAGCCCUUUGACUCUCCUGGCCCCGCAACGGCAGCGCCAGCUCUGUGGGCGCCACGGGUGAGAGGCGGUGCUCACCUGCCUGGAUCCCGCCGGCCUUCCACUGUGGCCUGGGCUGUGUUUGGGGUCGCGAGAAGGAGAGCUACUCACAUCGCCUGGGGCGGGGAGAGACGUUGGGGCCGGGGAGGAGACCCCUUCACCCCGGCAGAACAGAGGUCGUUGACUUGGGUGCAAUGUCUGAACAGGAGCGUGUUCAGGAAUGCCUAAGGAAAGAAAUAAGGUCACUUCUCAUUUCCGCCAAAGAUGGUUUGACCCCCCAGCAAUUGGAAAAGGAGUACCUUUUGAUGGUUGGCAGCCAUUUGCCACUCCGAAUCCUUGGCUAUCGGUCAACUAUGGAGCUGGUGUUGGACAUGCCUGAUGUUGUCGCUGUCUGCCCCUGUGGGGAUGGUACUGUAAUACUGAAAGCCAUUCCAGAUGAAUCUACCAAAGGAAUAGCAAGUUUGGUUGCAAAACAGAGAAGCAGCCAUAAGGUUCGAAACUCCGUGCAGAAGGGAAGGGCCAGUGUUUGCUCUGGGCCAAGCUCAUGCCGGCGAGUACCUUACCGAGGAAGGGUGCCCCCCAUUCUUCCAGCUUUUGUGAAGAGUGAGUUGAAAGACCUCUUGGCGUUAUCUCCCGUUCUCCUUUCGGAUUUUGAGAAGGCAUUUGUCAGACGAUUUGGACGUUCUUUCCAGUACGUGCAGUAUGGAUUCCUUUCUAUGUUUGAAGUGCUUAAUGCUGCUUCGGAUGUCAUUUCUGUAGAGCAGACCAGAGCAGGUUCUUUGUUGAUGCUAAAGAAGAGCGUAUCAGAGAAAAAGCAGAGAGGAUGGCCAGCAGGAGGUAAAAUGUUUACCCAGCCUUUUAGAAUGAAACCACAUGGAUCGUACUCUGCAGGUUUCCCAGUUGUAAAGUCUCGCUUUUCACAACCUGCUUCAAACAUGGAACCGCCGAAGCAAAUAUUGAACGUGGAAAAGACUUUUAAGUCAAAUGUAGUAGAGACUUCAAGGCUGAAUCACACUGAAAAAUUAAAUCAGCUGGAGAACACAUUCAAAUCAGUUAUUGCACAGAUUGGACCUGGUGGGACUAUUAAUCCAGAACUAAAACAUAAGAUACAAUUUGUAGUAUCCAAGUUUCCGGAGGGUUUGCUUAUUUCUAAACUGCUCAGAGAGUUUGAGGUAAUCUUUAAAGAGCAACUUUCACCAAAAAAAUUGGGCUUCUUAAAUGUGACAGAACUUGUUGGAGCUCUUAGUGACAUUCUCCAUGUUGAGUUCAGGGAAGGAGAACAAGACUUACUGGUGUUUGAUGCUGAUAUGAAGCCACUACCACCUGAUGGAGACGUUUCAUCAGUCAGAAAUUCAUGUUUAGUUCAAUCAGAUAAGAAAAUAGAAGUCAAAGCUUAUGUCUCCAGUCCCCCUAGAAAUUCACUGUCUACUACUGCUGUCAAGGAGACUGCAUGGGAUUGUCCUAAAAGCCAUGAGGAGCCAAAACAGAAGAUUUGCAAGAAGCCUAAUCUGGUGGUAAAGCCUUUACAGUUGCAAGUAGAAGUUAAGUCACAGCUCAACCUGGAGAUGGCAAAUCAUGAUAUCCCACCAGACGCUGUACGGGACAAGCAACUAUGUAGACUGCCGCCAUUAGAUACCAGUACCCUUGUGGGGGUCUUUGUGGAGUAUAUCAUCUCUCCGAGUCAAUUCUACAUCCGAAUCUAUAGCAGGGAUUCAUCAGAGUUACUUGAAGACAUGAUGAUUGAGAUGCGGCGCUGCUACUCUAAUCAGCUGGUUUCUGAUCGGUACGCCAUGCCAGAGUAUUUCAUCCAACCAGGACAUCUCUGUUGUGUAAGGAUUUCUGAGGAUAAGUGGUGGUAUCGUGUCAUUAUCCAUCGAGUCCUUGGGAAGCAGGAAGUUGAAGUAUUCUACCCAGACUUUGGAAAUAUAGGAACUGUUCAGAAGUCCUCCCUGAGAUUUCUCAAGUGCUGCUACACAAAGCUUCCAGCUCAGGCUAUCCCUUGUUCUUUGGCUUGGGUGAGACCAGUAGAGGAACAUUGGACAUCCAGAGCUAUUUUGCAGUUUCAGAAGUUGUGUGGUUUGAAGCCGUUAGUGGGGGUAGUGGAUGAAUAUGUAGACGGAAUCCUUAACAUUUUCCUGUGUGAUACAUCGUCAAAUGAAGACAUCUAUUUCCAUCAUGUCUUGAGAACGGAGGGCCAUGCUAUUGUAUGCCGAGAAAAUGUCCCUUCUAAGGGUUUCAGAGAACUCAACCCUUUAGCUUUAUAUACUAAAUCCAGUUCAGGGCCAGAAGAUGUGGUUCUGACAGAACUGGGUUAUCCUUCCCAGCAGCACUAUUUUAAUGAAGACCGAGAGAUAAGUCCACAAUCAAAAGAGAGUGAAUUAUAUACCCUGCAAGAUAUUAAUGAUGAAAAAGCUUUCACUCACCUUAAAUCUGAAUUAAAUGAGCCAUUAAAGGAUUCUGAAUUCGCUUCUAUGGAAAACCAAGAUAAGUGCUGUGAAGAAGACCCAACGUGGUCCAUCCCAGAGCUAAAGGAUCUGAAGGAAGAAAAUGAGGAUGAGAUUCCCACUGGAAUGCCAUGCCUGGAAUCAGUGACUAUCGGUGAUGAUGUUUGGGAUGAAAAUUGGUUACCUUUGCAGGCUAAAAUGGAUAAAGGGGACGAUGCUGCCUCCCACUUAUUUGCCUCAAGCCUUGGUGGAAAGAAACCAUAUCCAUCAUGUAAAGAAAUGCUGCAAAAGGAUUGGUGCUUUUCUGGACCCAAAGAUACAUGGGAUGAUUCAUGGCAGCCUUCAGGCCUUGUGAAUGGAAUGAAAGGAGAAGUUCAAAAACAAGAGGCAUUAGAUGCUCAGGAAAAAAAUACUGGCACAACCAGGAUUCAAAAGCAGCCAAACAUAGAGAAUUCUUCAGAUUCUUCCACAUUGCCCAAAUUGGAGGAGUUCUACAUCUCUCUGAUCCAGUCGCAGCAGUCAGUAAAAGGGAGCCAGCCCGAGCCCAGCAGCGUUCAGACUCAGGCAACGCCAAUCCAGCUCUCCGCGGCAACCCUCAGUGCAAUUCCCAUGGCACUUGAUUCUGCAGAAAAAAAUUCUGCUUCAGUGGAGGACUCUUCAGAGAGCUUGAAGAACGAUUUCUCUAGUAGCCGUGCUAUUACAGUGUUCAAAGACAAGAGUCAUGAAGCCAUGCACCAGCUCUCUUUGAUCUUGUCUCCUGAGCACCAGAUUUCCCAGAAGCUCUACAUUCCUCGGAGCACAGCCACUGCUGCCUUGGGAGCUGCGGCACGGUUGGCCACCUCCAGGAGCCUCUUACACUGGUACCCUAGUGUGAAAAGAAUGGAAGCAUGAGGGAGUGAGUAGGGGAGAAAAUAAUAAGCCAGGUGCGUUAGGACUUGGUGAUUUCCCAAGGCCAAAAUAUGGAGGAGGAGGUAUUGAGACAAAACACUAUUUUGAUGGUUGAUGCCUUUGUCUUUCUUUGUGACCGUAUGUUAGCUUUGUUUUGCUAACAGUCCACUUUGCUGUGUAAGUAUUGAUAUUCAAUGUUAGUUUUAAUUUUUAUUGAUGAUGUUUCUUAUUCCGCAUAGUUUUGUUCAUCUUGACAGAGUGGUUUAAAGGCAUUUUUAUUUUUUGUUGCUUUUGUGUAUGUGUGUUUCUGUAAAUGUUUUUCUUGUACAUAUCAUGACUGAUAAAUGAAAGCUGAAAAACUAAUGUUUUGCGAUCCAUAUUUAGUAAGACAAAAAUUAUCUCAGAUUCUUAUGUCCAGAAAAAGGAUGUCUGAAUUGUAAGGCUGCUUUUUCUUUCUCAUUUGAAAUUUUCUUUAUCAUAGAGAUAAUGCAGGACUCCAAUUCUACAUUAUUUAUUUGAAACGCUAGGAUCAGUGAGAAAAUACACAUUCUGAAGCUGUGGUCAUGUAAACACUUCCACAUUUAAAAGAUUUAAGUUCUCUUUCAGUACAGGCAGUUUCCUGAAGACCUCUAACAAAAUUCCAGAGACUGGUUGCUCAAACUUGGCCGUGCCGUCUCUCUCGGCCUCACAGUUCCAGGAGCUUCAGCAUUGAAGCAUCUGUGGGACAUGGUGUUCUCUGAAGUCAAACUGUGUGAGUAUGAACCAUCAAGUAUAAAUAAGAGACCGAAAGGUGAAAUUAAAGAAUAUGAAUGGUACUAAUUUAAAUUAUUUGUGGUAAAGUACCAGACCUAUCCCCAAGUUUUAAAAAAUCCAAUACAGAAGCAUUUCUUGAAGUAAAACCCUAGAAAGAGCUGCAAAUUACUGGUGUGCUGAAUAUAAGUCGAUUCUCACCUUCUGGGCCCCUCCUCUACCACCUCCUGUUUCAGCAUUACAUGGCAGAGCUGGCCCUACUUCCUUCUCUCUUUCUACAAUAAGGAAUUUCUCCUCUUCUCAACCACUUAAUCACUCAACUACUUAAAAUGUCCACUGAGGAAGGGAAUGAGAUGAAAUAAAUAUGAAGUACAUUUAAAUUUAGACUAUUACUGAUUGAAACUUCUUUCUUAGAAUUAAGAAAUCAUGAAACAAAGUUAAACCCUAAGUCUCUGAAUACUGACGGUUUUGGUUUAAAAACUUUAGAGGAAACAUGUUUAAUGGCAACACAAUUUAAAAAUCCAGAUUCACCUUAAAUUCCAAUGUAUCUGUGAGAACGAUAUUCUAAUUGAGCAAAAAUAAAGGAAUCUGGAAAUAUCACUGAUAGUUGAUCCAACAGAAAGAACAGGUUUCCAUUUGGGUUUUUGUGAGUUUGUAUCAGACAUCUUGAUUGGAGAAGAGAGAAAGUUACACAGAGUUAUAUGGAGAGUUAAAUAUCAUAUGACAGUUAAAUAUCACUUAUGAUACUCUAAUUAUGAUAUGAACUGGAAAAGUUCUGUUUUUCAUGUAGGUUUAGGUAAUUAUCCACAAUUUGUUUCUAAAGAAAAUUUAUUUUGGAAUUAUGCUACUUAGACUCCUUCCUUUAAAGAAACCAAGUUUGAAUAAUAUGCUUCACUUCUCCAGAUGGGCAGUCAUUGCAUUUGGGACAAAGUGAAUCUGGUAGUAUUUACAUAUUUAGUAGGUCAUCGUAUAACUCUGUGUAAUAGCAUGAGCUACCAGGACGAACUCUGCCAGUGCUCGGUGACCUGACAGCAAGUAAUUUUACACAUUGCCAGUUAGAUGGGGUUAUGGAAUCAGUGUGCUAAUAAGGCUCUUUGUAAUCCCAUCCAUUUGCAAAUGGCCAAAUAGAGAAUCAUUUUAGACAGAGGCAUCUUUCAAACUAAUGAGUGUCAAUACACUUUGAAAGAAGCUUAUUUAGAAAUUAAUAGUUAACAUCCUGAGUGAGCAGAGUGUAGAAUGAACCUCUGAGAGGUUUGGACAUAUUUUGACUACUUGGUUUUGACUAAGAUUCCCAAUCUGCCAAAUUGUUUACCUGCCUUCUCCCAUAAGGUGGGUUUUGCUUGGCAGUUAACUGAAAUAGCCCAAAGCAUCAUUUAAAAAAAAAAAGUACUAGAUCAUUUGAUUCUGAGUAAAUAGAUUCAUGUAUAUGGGCAGGAAUAGCAAUAAGAAAUGUUAAAAAUAUAGGUAGAUGUUCUGUAGUUUAGGGUUAAGUUAAUUAUAUCUUAUUGUCUAAAGGAUGGGUUGACAUAUAUUAUACUUAGAACAGUCCUGCUCACCAUAGAAGUAAUGGAGUUCCCUAAGAAGUGUUGAUUAUCAAGUUUGAGCUUCAAGUGCUUGAGAGGGAUGGAGAUGAGAAUGUAAAAGAAAAUCCUAGUUAUAAACUCUUUAGGGAUGGAAGAGGGAGUAGCUUUACUAACAGCCACUGGGGCUUUAAAUCUAGUGACUCAGCCAAUACCCAUCUCCCAUCUAAGAACACACCAUGGGAUAUCAAAAGAGGGGCCCUUCCAGCUGCAGUCAGCUAUGCCUGUACCCACCAUCUGACUCUCACACAUCUGAGAUACCAGUUGCCCAUUUCAAGGUGUGGGGAUAACUCGAAGCUUCUGCCUUUAGACAGGCUCCAUCCAACCUGAAGACUUAGAAUUACAGUGUUAAUCUAAAGGGGACCUUAGAUGAAGAAAUUUGAAGACUAGAAAGACUGACCCAUCUAUGGUCACAUGCCUUAAAUUCCCUUCUCUGCUGACUCCUAACUCAGCACCCUUUCCACAGGAAAAUACUGCAAUUCUGUCUUGAGUAGUUUAAAUGAUUUGGUGCCAGAAGACAUAGUUCGGCAGAUAAGUCCAAAAGAAUGGUGGUUCUGAUAGCUGGGCAAACCCCUGGUGUUGGAGGGGAAAGAGAUUGAUUUAUAGGAUCUUGUAUUCUUAAAUGUGGCUAGCUUAAAUAAUAAUAGUGGGCCAAUUCCGUGGUUAAAGAAUCUGAAUGAUGUACAGGACAUGGUAAGGGAUGAGAAACCAACAUCUUAUAGAGCAGUCUUUCUGAAGCUUCCUACUGACAUUUAUACAGGUGUAGCAAGACUUUUCUAACCAAUUUUUUAUCUCUUUUCAGAAUUAAAUUCAUCUUAUUUAUAUGUACAGUGUUGUGGACAGCAUUAUUCAUAAUUUUGCGGGAGCCAUCACUAAGACAUUUAAAAAUUUUGAUUUCCUGGAGCCUGUUCUGAUCUUGACAUUUUCCAAGAUGCCAGCAAACGUGCAUAACAACUCAGUCUGCUUAUAUUCUUAUAUUCUUAUAGCCCUAUUCCUAACAAUUAGAUGUUAUUUGUCUCUUUUAGUCAUUCACCAGUCAACCUAGGAAGUUCUUGGUGUCAUUAGCUUAUUGGAUCCAGAAUACUUUAAAUUCUGCUCUUUUUAACCAGAUAGACAAAUUAUUUUAACUUCUCAGUCAAGGUCUUCUCUAACAUUUAGAAUCACAAUUGAUUUGUGUGCCACUUUUCACAUGAAAUUGAGUGUUGGACCCACUUCAAACCUGAGUGGAGAAUUUAUUCAGAACUAAAAUUUCUUGGUUAUAAGCAUAGUUUUCAGGAAAUGCUUUUAGCUUUCUGUUCAGUAUAAACUUUGUUUUAUAUUUUGGUUAAAAUUUAAAAAGUUUUUAAUUUAUAGAAAAAUGUUUAUAAGAAAUAAUGUUUACUUGAUUGUUACAUCUUUGUGCAAUUUAGAUAAAUAAUUUGAUGAGGAAACCAAGCUUAGGAUUCUUUCUCUGCUCUCUAAACUUUUGUUAUGGGACUAAUGGGAAGUUAUUGGGAUCAAAGAAUUAUGAUGGGCCUAAUGUUUAGAGUUUGUAACAGCAUCUUAUUUGAUUUAUAUAUUUGUGAAGCUGGAAUUUGUUUUGUCAAAAAAUGUCAAGGUGUUUUUUUGUAACUAGUUUUUAUUGUGAUGGUUCUGCUGGAAGGAACACUUCGCUUAAGUAUGUGACCCAAAGAACUUAGUUGACUAAGUUGUGCAGACAGAGGUUUGACACUCUUCUUGGCUAAAAUAUUUGUCUUCAUUUUUGGCAUGACCUUUUUAUUCUUGACCUUUGUAAAUGUUUGCUCUGUUGUAGGUAAAUACUUUAUUCCAUGAAGUUGGAGUUCACACCAGAGCCAUGUCUUAAGUAGCUGACCGCCACAUUUUAGACUUGUUUUAUUUAUCUUGCUAAUAGCAACUUGUCAAACCCUUCUCAGCCAUGUUCCAGUGUCUUAAGUUCUCUUCUGAGACUUUCCCCACACAGACUAGCAAGCCUGCUCUCCACUUGCCGCUGUAUUUCAGUGUUUUCUCAACUGUUCACUUGAUUGCCCGAGUCCCCAUUCAGAGCCUUCAUUUGCUGUAGUAGCUCUUCUGCCGGGAGCUGAACCUAUUUCUAGGCGAUUCUCAAACUCCCUUCAGGUGGUUUGGUCAAACUUACCCUUAAUCUGUCAUUCCACAAGACAGUAAAUAGACAGCAAAGUCAGCUCAGUUCAUUUCUUACUGCAACAAAUGACUCCCUGACUAAAGUAUUCUGCUACUGCAGUUGUCACUCAUGUGAAAAAUCUCUUCUGAUACCAUAUAUAGGAAAAUACCCAUCAGCUAAGAGAGACUGUGUGUGUACCAGGAUAUCGACUAUGAGGCAAAGAGUAUCCUCACAGGAUGUUCCCUAUUUCUUGCCCAUGAUAUGUGUCUUCCCUUUUGCUUGGAAGGAUGAAACUUAAAACAUACAUGAUAUGGGCCAGAGUCAAAAGUUUACCCCUUCUUUUCUGAAUUUUAAAAAUAAGAACAUUUCUGUACUGAUCUGGAGUAAGAAAGUUAAAUUGGAAGUAGGGGGGGUGGAACAUUUGGCUAUAAUUAAGUGAUAGCAUCCUUUCCGCACUUCACGUUUUAGGCAGUGGAGCAUCUGUUUAGGAUCAGCUAGAAUGUGAUCUUUCAAAACCUUUUCUACAAUUGAUGUUGAUUUAUUUUUGUUAAACUUUCUAGAUGCAGAAACAUAACUCCACCAGCACUUUUUGGUCUUUAUGUCGUUUUUGCUUGGAAUUGACUUUAUCCAGAUUCAUGAGGCUCAGCAAAGUUGUUGCAAAACCUUAAGAGCAAAAUGGCGAGUUUUUCAACAAAAACCAAAUCAGGUGUAGCAAACAUCAGUGUAGUUAAGUAUCCGUAAACCUGCCUUCUGUAUUGGCUUUGCUUAGGAUCUUUUUGGAUUUACAGAGUCAUUCAAUACUGGGGAGUCAACUUGUAUCGAAUCUAGAGUUCUGUGGAAUUUUUGUUGUUUGGCUAAGUUGAAAGAAAUAGGAGCUCACUGAUACUACCUUGUCCUUGUCAUAAGCAUGGAAUACUUUUGAGCCUUAGCCUUAUUAAAGACCAUUUGUUUGAACAACUU